CAAUCACGGCGUUGGAUCUCCCUGUACAUUACCCCGGGUCUUCCGCCUCUGUCUCAGGUGAACGGGACGGUUCCUCGGGAAGUCUUCUCUCCAGACCUGCAGCCACCUUCCUUUAUCCAUCAUGAUGGUGAACGGCUCGGCAGACAUCUUGAGCUCUGCCUACCUUGCAGUGGAGUAUGUCGACGCAGUGCUACCCGAGAACCCCUUCCAGCCGUCCCUGGAACACGCGUGGGGCUACAUGAUGGACAACUACACCAAGUUUCAGAUUGCCACCUGGGGGUCGCUCAUAGUCCACGAGUUCAUCUACUUCUUCUUCUGUCUGCCUGGUUUCAUCUUCCAGUUCCUGCCCUUCAUGCAGAGAUACAAGAUCCAGCAGGACAAACCAGAGACCUGGGAGAAACAGUGGAGAUGUUUCAAGAUGCUGCUGUUCAACCAUUUCUGCAUCCAGCUGCCACUGAUCUGUGGGACGUACUACUUCACUGAAUACUUCAACAUCCCGUACGACUGGGACUCCAUGCCACGCUGGCCGUACGUCCUGCUUCAGUGCUUCGGUUGCGCUGUGGUUGAAGACACCUGGCACUACUUCCUCCAUCGCAUGCUGCAUCACCGCAGGGUCUACAAGUACAUCCACAAAGUCCACCAUGAGUUCACUGCUCCGUUCGGCAUGCAGGCCGAAUACGCCCAUCCAGCUGAGACCCUCAUCCUGGGAGCUGGUUUCUUCAUCGGCAUCAUGCUCUUCUGUAACCACGUGUUCUUCCUCUGGGCCUGGGUGUCUUUCCGCCUGCUGGAGACCAUCGACGUCCACAGCGGCUAUGACAUCCCCCUGAACCCUCUCCACCUCAUCCCCUUCUACGCCGGCACCCGUUUCCACGACUUCCACCACAUGAACUUCGUGGGGAACUACGCCUCCACCUUCACGUGGUGGGACAAGGUGCUGAACACGGACAACCAGUACAACAAACACCUGGUGAAACAGGGACUCAAGAAGGAGGAGUAAACCGCUCACACCUCUGUUCACACACCUCGUGUGUCGGGAGGAGGGAGUGAGUGUCACAGUGAGCACACACACACAUUGUGUCAGUGCACAAUCAAACACACACUCACACACACUAAAGCUGUACUUUAAAUGAAUUAUCUCUGCUGUUAUUUAGAUUCUGAAUCAGACUGCCUGUAGUCUUCAGUCCACCCUCUGUGCCUCUCUGUGAAAACAAGUGUUGUUGUGUGCUGCUCGCUGAAUAAAAACCAUCAACAUCCUCAUUUUUGAUUUGUUGCUUUGUCGUUGAGCACGACCUCGCUCUGUGUACCUCUGAAUGUUUCAGCACUUUAAGCGCUUCCUCUGGGAGUUGAACUGAGUCACGAUGACACAGUUUUGAACUCUUUAAAGCUUCACUUUAACAGGAACUGACUAAACUCAGUGCUGACGCCUGGACCGAGUCAGAAGUGUUUCUUAAGAAAAAGAUGAAGAAAAACAUAAAAAUUAAAAAAGGGGGUGAUUUGUCCGUGUGGAGCUUCCAGGAUAAUCAAGCCUAUUUUGUUUAAGACUGUAACAAUACUAAAAUGUUGUUUUAAUUUUUACAAAAAUAAAUCUUGAGCAUGUUUUGUUUUGGUGUUUCUGUCACAUUACAAUAAAACCUUUGAACUACA